CUUUAUCUUCUCUCAAAAUUGCAGUUACCUUUCAUAACGCAGAGCAGAAUCACCUUUCAUAACCAGAGAGUUGGCCACUUGAAGUCAGUGUGGCUUCGCUCAGACCGGCGGGAUGGACUUCACCGCUGCAUCGCCGCCGUCUUUUCCCUUUGAUGAAAUAACGUGGGGAGAGAUAAUAUCCAAAGAUGUCUUAUCAGUCUACAAUUCUCUACCGAAGAAAGGAAAGCCUCAGGGCCGCGAAGUCACCGUUUUGGCUGCAUUUCUCAUCUCUUCUCCAAAUCACGAACUGGAGGUUGUUUCACUGGGUACCGGGACAAAAUGUAUUGGGCGUUGUCGACGCAGCUCAAAGGGCGAUGUUGUGAACGAUUCUCAUGCUGAAAUUGUAGCUAGAAGAGCUCUUAUGAGAUAUUUAUACGGAGAGAUUAAAAGCCUCAGUGAUGGUUAUCAGAGUCAUGCUAUCUACCCUAAUAGGGAAAUGUUGGGUACUGCUGGCAACAAAAACUGUCCUUUCAAUUUAAACGGAGAAGAUUUUGGUCAAAGACGAUUAGUUAUGAAGCCGGGUUGGGAAUUACAUUUAUACAUAUCACAAAUUCCGUGUGGAGCAGCCUCACAUAGUUUUGAACUUGCUCCUCAAAGAAUGGACAAUCAGCGUUAUUCCUCCUUGGAGCUCAAUACAACAAUUGAGGGACAGCAUUCAAUUGAUAUUGGCACAGUUUUGAGGAAGCCCGGUCGUGGAGACACGACAUUGUCUGUCAGCUGCUCUGAUAAGAUUGCCCGUUGGAAUGUUGUUGGAGUUCAAGGUGCUCUACUCUCUUAUUUCAUGGAGCCAGUUUACAUUUCUUCAAUAACAGUUGGACAAUCACUUUCAAGUAUUGAGAGCCCCAACAUUCAUGAUCAAAUGAGGAGAGCUGUCUAUGAUCGGCUUCUACCAUUAUCAUCCAAGUUAACUUCUCCCUAUAAAGUGAAUAAGCCCAUUCUCAUGGUAGCUCCAAUACCUUCAAGCGAGUUUCAGCACUCUGAAACUGCCUCAGCAACCCUAACAUGUGGGUACUCUAUAUGUUGGAACAAGUUAGGCUUGCAUGAAGUUAUUCUUGGGACCACAGGAAGGAAGCAGGGUACCUCUGCAAAAGGAGCAUUAUCUCCCUCCACCGAGUCAUCUCUGUGCAAGAAGCGCCUUUUAGAGCUGUUUUGCCCACUUUAUAGUGUUUGGCUGGAUCAGCAUGUUUCGUGUGAGACUUCUUAUCAAGAACUAAAGGGGCAGGCUCUUGAUUACAUUCUAGUUUCAAAAACCUUUAAACAAAGCCCUUAUUUUAAAAACUGGCUUAUGAAACCUCACAACUUUGAGUCCUUCAUGCAUACUGGAAUACAGGGCCAGUUAUUCUUAUGAGUUCACUUCUUUUAACAAAGCUGUUGCUUGAUUGUGCUCUUCUGGAAUAUGCAUUUCCAGCAGUUUCCCAG